AUGGGAUGUUGUCUAUCCACUAGUUCAAAUUCAAGUCAUACAAUUACUGAGAAGACAAAGGAAAUCGACACAAUGCUGAAAAGAGAUUUCUUGAAAGAUCGUAAGACAUAUAAAAUACUUCUUUUAGGUGCAGGUGAAUCAGGAAAAUCUACAAUCAUAAAGCAAAUGAAAGUUAUCUACCAUUCCAAGAAACCGUUUACUUUAUCCGAGGUGAUGAUGUACCGUCAGCAAAUCUACAGUAAUAUAAUUAAUGGUCUAUGGAUAGCCAUAGAUUGCGCAUAUGAGCAAUCCUUAUCUCUUUUACCUCAAAACGAGGAGUUUAUUGAUGAAUUUCUGGAAACUAUACCCAAGCUAUUCGAUUAUACGACACCACCACCAGUACCAAUAAGUGGAUUAAAGGAUCUAUGGUCAGAUUCGAGUAUACAAAGGGUAUUCAAGGAUGCUCAUGGAUUUGCAAUACCUGAAAAUUUGAGUUAUUGGUUCGACAAUCUAGACAGAGUCAUGUUCCGCGACUAUAUACCAAAUGUUGAUGACAUUCUAACUUGUCGCGCGAAGAGUAUAGGUAUUAGCGAGAAUAAUUUUCAUAUUGGUGGCUACGAUUAUAGAAUAUUUGACGUCGGCGGACAAAGAUCGGAAAGAAAGAAAUGGAUACACUGUUUUGAAGGUGUAACAACUAUCAUAUUUGUCAUAGCGCUGAGUAGCUACGAUCAAGCAUUAGAGGAGGAUCUAGAGAGUAAUCAGAUGCAAGAAAGUCUGCUAUUAUUUGAUAGUAUAUGCAACAGUAGAUGGUUUAUACGGACAUCACUGAUAGUCUUUCUUAACAAGAAUGACAUAUUUAAAGAACAGAUAAAAAAUAAGCCGCUAAGAGAAGUGGAGUACUUUAACGAUUAUCAAGGGAGAAAUGAAGAUGUAGACGCAUCAAGGCAAUAUUUAAAGCAGAGAGUGCUCUCGUUGAACAAGAAUCGAGAUAAAGAGAUCUACGUUCAUACUACGAAUGCGAAAGAUACUAAGAAUCUAUCCAGAAUAUUGGUUUCAGUUACAGAUAUAAUUCUAAAAGAGAACCUAAACUUGUUGAUGAUUUGA